AAGUGUAGUCAAAUUCAAAUUUACAUAAUACUUCGAGCCUUGUCUCAUAACUACGCACUCAAAAUUGCCAAAUCGUUGUGUCACUCUAAAGUUCCCAUUUGUAGUUUCGAUUCAUGAAUACGUGGCAGUAGUCGUGUUCUUUAAAAUAUCGUGAUGUCUGUUUUAAGCAAAGGGUGUAUUUUCGCACUUGGCAACCCCCUUCUGGAUAUUACGGCCGAGGUGACGCCAGUGUUUCUGGAGAAGUAUGGACUGAAGCGGAACAGUGCGAUUCUGGCGGUGCAUGAGCAGCGGCCCAUGUACCAAGAGAUGGUGGACAAGUUUCAACCCAUCUUCACCCCCGGUGGCGCCACACUGAACACAAUCAGAUACUGCCAGUGGCUCAUAGGUGAGAACUACCCUGAAGCCUGUACUUUUGUUGGUUGUGUGGGAACAGAUGCGUAUGCCUCCACUCUGAAGGAUCUGUGUGUGAAUGACGGAGUGAAUGUGCAAUUCUACCAAGUGGACAAUCGCCCAACUGGAACAUGUGCAGUCUGCAUCACAGGUCAAGACAGCAGGUCUUUGGUGGCGAAUCUGGCUGCUGCUGACUGCUACAAUAAAGACUCCCACUUGAAGACUGAAAGGAUCUGGAGUAUGGUUGAGAAGGCGGAGUUAUUCUACAGUGCUGGAUACCCCUUGACUGUGACUCCAGACGGGAUGCUCACACUGGCCGAAUAUGCAUGUGCAAACGACAAAGUAUACUGCCUCAACUUGUCCGCAGAGUUCCUCUGCCAGUUUUUCCAGGAGCACAUGUCUAGACUUCUACCGUAUACUGAUUACCUUUUCGGAGGGCAGACGGAAUCCGAGAAGUUCUCGGAAGCCAACGGGGGUCCGAAGGCCAAAGACACCCGAGAAAUCGCCAAAUGGGCUAGCACUCUCCCGAAGUCAAACAAAAACCGAAACCGAUUUGUAAUUUUAAACCAGGGAUUAGACACGGUUAUUGUGGCCUCGAAUGGGGAAAUCAUUCUUGAAUUAGAACUUGUAAAAACACCUAAGGAAAAUAUUGUUGACUUGAAUAGUAUAGGAGAUUCAUUUGUCGGUGGCUUCAUAGCGGGUCUAGCUCAGGGUUUCGAAUUGCCCCAAUGCGUUAAAUUAGGUCAAGCAGCCUCAAGAUACUGUGUACAGAAAACAGGCAGUGUGUUUGAAAAAGAAGACAGAGGUUCAGUACUUUCCGACGCUAGAAUAAGUCGCAAAACUUACAAAAACUUCUGAUUUUCAAACUUUAUUGUUGUGAUGUAUACAAAAUAAAAUUAUUCCACAGAUUAAAAAUGUGUAACGAAAAGAUUUGCUGUCAUUGU